AUGGCGAACGGCUCAAUCUGGUUCCCAUUUAUCUUCGCUUAUAUCCUAGUCAGCCCAUCCUUUCAAUCUUUACAUCAAGACGAUGGAGAUUCGGCGGUGCCAUUCUUAACACUUGACAUGGAAAAAUAUUUCCAUAGAUGUGAUCAGAACCUUGAACGGAAAAUAGCUUCUUGCCACGAUAAAGGCCUGGACACGGUUCCCCAAAAUCUUUCUGAGGAUACCGAGGUGCUUGACUUGUCUCAGAACAAUGUCACUAAACUCUUGAACUCCUCGUUUGAAGUAUACCCUCUAAUCAACUCCUUGGAUAUUUCUUCUAACGAUGUAAGAGCAAUAGAAUCCGCCGCUUUUUACCCCCUCAAGGACCUAAGGUCCCUGUCUCUAUUAUCUAACCCGCAUCUUGUGCUUCCAGCAACAGGCAUCUUUAUGAUGUCUCCAAAGCUCUCCUUUCUCGACUUAACAGGAUCAAACUUGAAGUCGCUCCCAAUUGACAUUCUAAAAUGGAGUCCACAUCUUGAUACUGCAUAUCUAUCCGUCAACAAGCUCUCCUUCAUCAAGAUAAGUUCGUGUGGCAUGGUCGACACUGUAGACAUGACUGGUAAUCAACUACAACAACUUACGGCAGGAGAUUUCACAUUUGUGUGCCAUACUAAUACUCUAGAUCUUAGAAAAAACCCUAUCCAAUUAGUAGACCCUGAUGUGAUCUCAUCACUACAUGUUCGCUCUUUGACGUUAGGUGGCUACCGCUAUAGUGACGAGGUGUUAACGAACAUCAUGCUUGGAAACUCAAAAUCAGACAUCGAACAGCUUACAAUCCUGGGAGGCAUUGUUGAUGCGUUUCCUAAAGGUUUCUUUGACCCAAUGCGCGAUUCUUCUCUCUCUGUUCUGGACAUUAACAGUAACGACUUGAAUAGCCUCCUUCCUUUGGUCUUCUCAAAUUUAACAAAACUCAAACGAUUCGGUCUCAGUUAUAACAUCUCCCCAUAUACGAAAUUCAACCUGACUUUUUCUACGGCUUGA